AUGAAAAUCGCGAUUAGGACAGAAACGGGCGAACUCCAUAAUCUGGAAGUGGAUUCACAAAUUGAAUUGGAGAAUGUUAAAGCUUUGAUCGAGGCAGAGACAGGAACACCACCGACUGAACAAAUAAUUUCCCAUAAGGGGCAAGAAAUGACAGAUCUAAAAAGGACGCUUGAGCAGUAUGGAGUAAAGCAAAACGAAACAUUAUAUCUUAGAAAAAGAUCGCCUACCGAGGAUAAAAUAAGAAUUGCGAUCACGACAGAAAUGGGAGACCUUCAUAAUUUAGAAGUGGAUUCGCAAAUUGAAUUCGAGAGUAUAAAACCCUUGAUUGAGGCCAAGACGGGGAUCCCAUCAUCUGAACAAACUAUUUCUUAUAAUGGACAAGAAAUGACAGAUCCGAAAAGGACACUCAAGCAGUAUGGCAUAGUUCAAGACGAAAUAUUGUACCUUAGAAGAAGGUCCUCUGCGCCAAUGCAUGUAGAGCAAAUGCGGCAGGCACUAUUGAAUGAUCCUCGCAUGCAGCAUCAUUUAAAUCAAACUCAACCGGAACUUGCUAAUGCUGCAAACGAUCCAAUUCGAUUUGCAACGUUGAUUCAACGGAUGAUGCAGCGUCAACAAGAGAUUAGCUUACUUAAUGAAGAAAAUGAAGAAACACAACGAAGAAUCGAAGAGGAAAUAAGAAUGGAAAAUGUAAUGGCUAAUUUAGAUGCAGCCAUAGAAUCUUUCCCCGAAUCUUUUGCCCAAGUAACGAUGUUAUACAUUGAUGUUAAAGUAAACAAUCACCCGGUGAAAGCCUUUGUAGACUCUGGAGCACAGGAAACAAUUAUGAGUCCUCAAUGCGCUGAAAAUUGCGGUAUUAUGAGACUUGUUGAUACUCGAUUUAACGGUGUUGCCGUAGGAGUGGGGACCGCUAAGAUUUUAGGUAAAGUUCAUAGAUUCCCAAUUCAAGUAGGCGAAUAUUUUUUGGAAUGUUCGUUUAUAAUUAUGGAGGCAUGUAUUGAUUUAAAAAAGAACGCGCUGAUUAUCAAUGGAAAUGAGAUUCCCUUUUUGCCGGAGCAUGAAUUGCCUAAAAAGGCACGAAUAGAGGAAAUGAACGAGGAUAUACGACAUGAACCAAGCGCUAGCAGCACAGGACAAUCACGAUAUCCCGAAGAAAAUAUUAAUGUCUUAAUCUCGAUGGGUAUUUCAAGAGUUGAGGCAAUCAAACUUUUGGAUGCUACAUCUGGCAAUGUUGAGAUGGCAGCAAGUUUGUAUUUUGGAUGA